AUGGGAAGUGAACAUCAGGUGCUUCUCUUCCACACUGAAGUGCGAUGGCUCUCCCGUGGAAAAAUGCUGACACGUAUUGCAGAGCUCACUGAUGAGAUUGCAAUAUUUCUCCAAGAGUAUCAGAGUGAUUUUGCUGAAAAUUUUGAGGACGAAAUUUUCAUUCUCUCCCUCUCCUACCUGGCAGACAUUUUCGGUCAUCUGAAUGAUCUCAACUUGUCCAUGCAAGGCAUGUUUGCUAAUAAUAUUGAUUGUACAGAGAAGGUAGAAGCCUUCAAGAAGAAAAUAUCACUGUGGAAGCGUCGAAUCCAGGGAGGAAAUGUGGGAAGCUUUCCUAUCCUGGAUGAAAAACAUGGAGACAAGACAAUCCAGCCAAUGCUUGUAGAAAAUAUUGUUGCUCACUCUCACUCCUAG